UCUUUCCACUUCUCUCAGAAUCACCUCAGCUUUCGGUGUGCAGAGACAUUAAGCUGAUAUGGAAAACGUGUUGGGAAACAUUUAUCAUCUUCGCCAAGCAGUACAGUCCACUGUUACUCCUCCUGAGAUCUCCCUAUGGAAGACUGGUGUGUGGUAUGGCCCUGACAACAAACCCUGUUUGCCAAAACAUUUCUUUCCUCAUUAUGCUAAGUUAGCUCAUGGUAAAGAUCACACAUCUAAAAUGGGGAUGUUAUCUAUGAUCACGGAACAUUGGUUUACAAAAGGUUUCUCCACCUUUGCUCAAAAAUACUGUCAGGCAUGCGUAAUCUGCGGCACACACAAUGUUGGCAGGCCAGUGGCUGUAACCAGCCAGGCAGCACACCCACCGCCUGUACGACCUUUUGAACAUCUGAUGAUGGACUUCAUAGAGCUAUCACCAUCAGAAGGUAAAUCUCACUGCUUAGUGAUGGUCGACAUGUGGUCAAAAUGGGUUGAAGCCUUUCCUGCCUCAAAACAAACUGCAAGUGUGGUCACCAAGCCAGUGGUGGAGCUGUGGAACGAGAGAACGACACACUCAAAACUAAGCUUGCAAAGUGCUGUGAAGACACAGGUCUCACGUGGAUAAAGUUACUGCCUCUGGUGCUGAAGGUGUAAUCUUUCACCUUAUGGGAGACACAGGUCUCACACAGGUCUAACACCGGUUACCUAUUGUGUCCUCAUCGCCAUGCAUCGUAUGUUCUAGAACCUCUCCAUGGUGGAUGUUAACUCUCUACGUACGCAAAGUGCAUGGGUGGAAGACUCGUUAAUAUUCUUCUAUGAUUUGAUGUUUGUUAUUGAUGUUUGUUAAGAUGUUUCUUGAUUGUUUUUUUUCUUGUGAUCAUACUGUAUGAUCAAAAGUGGGGAAUGUAAUGUAAAAUUCCACUGAUCAUUGUCUUACUACUGUGAAGAAUGUCUUACUACUGCUUUGAUUGUUUUCUGUGCACUUAGCUGAUGCAACCUCAGAGUUCAUGCCCCUACUUGGUAAUUCUACCUCCUGUUGACCUUUAUCUGUGCAACUGUGUGCUCGGUUUGAAAUCAUCACGUGUAGUUUUUUAAUCCUUCAUUUUUGUAGUUUUUCUUUAAAUGUAUACCAUGCAUACUUUUUCUAAAAAUAAUUACAGACUAACUGGCUUAUUGCCCACUGAGUGUAUCCUCUUAUUUUCUUCUACUUAAUUAUUAUUAUUAAUUAUGUAUUAUUAUAUUACAUAUAUUAUAGAAUCUUAUUUAUAAACUGGGAGGUCACUGAGAGCUGGACUUCAGUAUUUUUGUGUUUUUUUUCUGAGGUUCAUGUAAUAAAGGUUGCAUUAGAAGUGCCUACAGGUUCCUGUGAGUGUGUGUGCGUGAGUGUAAACGUAGGUGGGUGUCAUGUGUCUUUGAUUAAAUUAACAGACUGCUCAGGCAGCUGAACUCACUGAAAUGUGAUACACGGGACAAAAUCAACAGUCAUAAUUUAAAUCCUCAGAUUUGAAGUAAAAAAAGAUACAUUCUACAUCAAAUCAAAGAUUUUUCUGUGAAUAUCAAAUUAUACAGAAUUUAUUAAUUUGUGUGGAAUUGUAGCCAAUUUCGAAAAGUUUUAGGAAAAUGUAAUUCGCCCUGUAAUGAUUGAUGGAACCAAACUCAGUGUAAAACCUGCUUUUCAUUGAGUCUUUUCACUUUGGUCCAGUUUUGUUGGGAUACAGUCACAGACUGAUCCUCACUUAUACAGAUGCUUAGACAGGUUUGAAUCAUGGAGGUCGGUUUUACUUGAGUGAAGUAACAUUAAUUCCAUCCAGCAUAUGUCAGAGUAAUGCUUUUCUUUCAGUUUGGGUUUAGAGUUGAAAUGGAUGUUUGAACUGAGCUGCCCUUCCUUAUUUUCCUUUUCAUUGUGAGCGGUCGUCGAUCACAAUUGCAUAUAAUUACAUCAACUGACCCUUUGUUCUUGAAAGAAAGGGUGAUGGAGAUGAGAAAGGAAGAGCACAUGCUGCCCACUGGGUGAAGGAUAGGCACAAACAAAAACAAAUGUGUAAGCCUAAUCAACACAGACCUACAAAAAUCUAGCAUGAAUAUAAUGUCAUUAUAUAAUAUUUAAUUAAUAUAUUCUUGUUUAAAAUGUAUUUGCCUCACAUGUAUGUACUGCUAGAGGCACUUCAAUAUCAUUAUUUAACAUUAUGCAAACACAAAGAUGAAAUAAAGAAGGUGUGGCCUGCUACUGUGCACUGACAUGGGUGUAAAGCUGUUUGCUAUUACGUUUUUGUCCUUCAAUUAAAAUACACAUACGUAGAUCAGGGAUUCUGGGAAUUUAACAGUCGGCCAUUCUUUGAGUUCAAGCCAUACAUAAAGGCAGCUCCCAAAAAAGAAGCCCCUGGUGGCUGGCUGCAGUACAGUUUAUCAACCCACCUCCUCCAUGUUAGUGGAUCAGGCAUGGACCAAACUAAAAAGUCAAAUGGAUUUUUCUCAAAAAUGGUUUCUGUCAUUUAAGGUAGUUCUUAUCACACAGAUGUGCAUUCGGGUGUUAUUUUCCCCCCGAUAAGUUUGGUUUUAAAUAGUUAUGUGAGGAUAUACAUGGGGUGAGACUGAUUUAAAGAGCAAGGUGUGAGUCCACCGUCUGAGAACAACAUCACUUCGACUUAGAUCAAGCAGGAGAACGACGUUUCCACUGGCAACAAUUAGCGGCUGUUGGCCUUAAUCCAUCACUUUCAAAGUUUUGUUUUAAUUCACUCACAGAGACUUCUGUCCUGAUCACGGUGUUGAAAAGCUCAUCACUAAUCACUGCAUUUCCACAGUAUUUAAGAUUUGCAAACAGUAGUGAGUGAUAAGGACUAUUUUUUGUCAGACAACGCGCAAGCCGACCUCCCUUCUUGUUGUUUGGGUUUAUGGAGCCGGUGAUGAACCCUUCUCACAUAACUGAGGCCAAAAAAGAGUUCCAGACUCCUUUGCAUUUUCAGGUUAUGAAAAAACCUUCAGCUGUUUUUAUUUACAGAUUUACAGAUUUACAGAUUUUAAACAUUGACAUAAUCUAACAAAAAAAUAACUUUUCUAUAGUCGACAAAGAACCUUUAGACUCUAAUAUUAUAUUUUCUCCUUCACUGGGAUUGGUGAUCAGCAUCAUUUUCAGAAAAAUAAACGUAAAUAAAAACAACUACAACAAUACAAAUGGAAAUUUAUUUAUUUUUGUCGACAAACGAAAACAUUUUGAAUACACUGGGUUCAUUUCUGACCUUUCAAACCAAAAUUGAAAGUUUAAGCGAGACUGGAUGAAGUUUACGUGCGUAAUUUUACUCAUUGAUGCAUAAAAAACUGCUAGAAACUUAAGAACUUUUUUAAUAGAGUUUUUACAUACUUUAUUUUCUUGCUAUGUUUUAAUCUUCUGCUGAACAGUGAGCAGCAUUUUAUGCUGAGAAAAGUGGAAUAUAAAUUGAAAAUUAUGAUGAUGAUAAUUCUUAUUAUUAUCACAAUACUGUAGUGGACACGUGAUAAGACAGAAUUCACCAAAGACUGUUACAUUGGUUUACACUAAUUGAUUGCACUAUGUGGUUUGCACGUUUACACACCCUGUAAGGAGCUGUGGGGUUACAAAGGUAACAAGAGCACUGGGAGUGGUUAAAAGGGAUGUUUGGUGACACCCAGAAGAGCUCUGUAUUGUUGAAAUGUUUGUGAAAUAAAACCCACGCCGAGAGGUGCACAAAACGAGAGAUCUCCGGACUACUUCAUCCCAUCGACUCCUACAAUACCAUUUUUAUUAUCAUUAUCACACAGUGACACAUAAUACAAGGUUUCCCCUGGUGCCUCCCCGCAGAGAGACAGUCACACCCAGGGAUGAGCAAUUAUUUGAUGUGAGAGAGGGUUGGACACAUGGACUCUUUCACAAACCUGGCAGAAGCAGAAGGAAGUGGAUUCGAACAUUAACUCACCUGCCCUGAGUGUGUUUUAUCACACGCCACUACUGGAGCUCCUGCACUUCAGCUCUGAGUUGGGAAUCUCUCUUCUGUGACUAGAUGGACAAGAUAAAAGACUUAAGAUGGAGGCUCUUCCUCCUCUUCAGUAUUACCUUCGUCAGCAUCUUCAUCCUCACUGUGAGCUCACCCAGGAGGAACAGAUCUAUCCCGAACCCACGCAGGGCUAAGAGCACUUGCCCCUUGCAUGUCUCUGAUCAGACCAUCACCCCCCUCAAAGACACCAAGCACCUACUGGUGUCAGCCUUCAUGGACCAGAGGGUGCAGGGCUUUGAUAUACGCAUCAUUGGCCUCUUCAGGAUAGACUCCAUCCAACCCCUUCACUGUUGCUUCUGCUGUGCAGGUUUCUUGUCGAUCACAACUCCAGUAAACAUUUUACAACAUCCAGAAAUAUUUGGAUUUCCCUUCGUCACGACAGAUGUCAUGUGUCCGAUUCCUGAAAACUGCAACACGACACAUGUCACUCUUCUGACUCAGCCAGAGAGUGGGAUUGCACUUAAACAGAUCUGGCUCCCCAUAAGAAACAGAAAGAGGAGUGAGAAUGAGGAGGAAAAGUUGCAGUUUAACUUCACAGUCUGCAUCUCCAGCCUGUUUGGAGACUACAACAACGUGCUUCAGGUCGCCCAGACCCUGGAGAUGUACAGGUUGCUGGGUGUGGGCAGAGUGGUGAUCUAUAACACCAGCUGUGGCCCAGAGCUCGAGCGUCUGUUGCAGAUCUACAGCCAGGACGGCUUCUUGGAGAUAGUUCCUUGGCCCAUCCACCAACAUCUAAAUCCAUCUAAAGGCUGGCUCUUCUCAGAGCACAGAGGGGACGUGCACUACUUUGGCCAGUUAGCCACGCUCAAUGAGUGCAUUUACAGAUCCAUGGAGCGCUCACGCUACGUCUUGCUGAACGACAUCGAUGAGAUUGCAAUGCCUUACCAACACGACAACCUGAUGUCUCUGAUGAACAUGCUCCAAGAGCAGCAUCCAAAUACAGGGGUAUUCCUCAUCAAGAACUAUAUUUUCCCGAAAAAACACUUUGAGCCAAGUGGGAGGUUUCACCUGCCGCAAUGGAACGGGCUGCCAGGAAUUAAUAUUAUGGAGCACAUCUACAGUGAGGACCCCAGAAAAAACGUAUACCAUCCGCACAAGAUGAUAGUUCAGCCAAGGUUGGUGGAGCAGACUUCAGUGCACGAGGUGAUCAAACAUAUGGGAGAAAGCUUCAAGGUUCCACAAGAGAUCUGUCGGCUCAUUCACGUCCGCACGGCUCUGCAGGGGGCGCUGACGGUGGAGCAGCUCAAUGUGGACAAACGACUGUGGGACUUCCAUGAAAAACUGGUUCCCAACGUGGACAAGGCGCUGAAGAGAGCGGGACUGCUGAACUCUGAGGGUCAGGGCUGAUGGACGGGACUGCACGGACAGGACAACUCUGAAUUGAACGCAGUUCAAGUGUCAAGGAUAGUCUGGACUAAUUGGUUUAUUUUGAUUUUAUUUAGUUAUAGAUUGCAGCCAGCUCAGGUCGUUUUCUGCACUGUCCCUCAUCACAUCGACUAUAAUUACAGUAAAUGAUGAGAAUCCGUCAUUAGAUUUCCUUGAGACAGGUGGUAACAGUUACCUUUAACAAGCGAACUGAUACAAUCCCAUACCAGGACAGACGCUUGUUUUUGGACUUGUUGCUGGUAACAGUCUGGAUGGUCCUUUGUAUCUUUGGUCUGAAGUACACAGCGUCCAUUUCUUCCAAAAAAUACCUGAAAUACUGACUCGUCUGACCAAAAUACACGUUUCCACUGUGUAGUGGUCCAUCCCAGAUGCCUUCGAGCCCAGACAAGUCGACGGCGCUUCUGGACACGGUUAACAUAAGGCUGCCUUUUGGCACAGUAAAGUUUUAACGGGCAUUUGUGAAUGUAACUACUUAUUGUAGUGCCUGUCAAAGGUUUGCCAAAGUAAUUCUGCGCCCAUGUGGUUAUAUUGCUUAUAGAUAAAUGACGGUUCUGGAUGCAGUGUCGUCUGUGGGAUCGGAGAGCACGGUUAGUCAGCUUAGUCUUGAGCCCUUGCUCUUUAUGCACUGAAAUUCCUCCAGAUUCCUUGAAUCUUAAUGUUAUGCACCGCAGAGGAUGAAAUAUCCAAAUCCCUUCCUAUCCUUCUUUGAGGAACACUGUUUUUAAACAUUUCAAUAAUUUUCUCACAUUUGUUGGCAAACUGGCGAUCCUCUGCCCAUCUUUGCUCCUAAAGACCUAGGCCUUUCCUGGAUGCUGGUUUUGUACCGAAUCAUAACAACCUGUUGACAUCACCUAUUUCAAAUCACUUCAUUUUUUAAUCAUUCUAGCUGAUUACUAGCCCUAAAUUGCAAUUUUGCAUGUAGGUAAAUAGGCACCAGGUUUUUGACAGGGAGAAUGCAGUCCAAUGUGAUUCCAGUGUUCUAUCAUUGACUGUAUAUAAAGACUGACGACAUAGCUUUUCCCCAAAGGUGAAGCCAAAGUGUCUUGAACACCACCUGGUGGCUGGCUGCAGUAUAGGUCUUAAAUCCCUCCUCGUUGUUCGUGGAUGGGACAGGAUUGGACGUGAGCCACAUAUACGUGUUUAUAUACAGUGUGUUAUACAAGUGCAAUGCUGACUCAGUUGCCAGUCUAUAGUUACACCUAGCUUACACUAAUGCAGUACAAUACAUUAGCCUAACAGAACCUCCUUCAUAAUAAAGUUUUCUUUCUACGUUAUUUCAGCCAAAUAAGAAAUAAGACAAAAAAAAACUAACCCUCAAAUUAAACUCCUUUUCAUCACCAUGAACAAAGAUGUCACCGCACACAUAUUGGACUCGGACACAUUUAAAAAAGCAUCAUCAUUUGGAAACUAUUUAUUGAACAUUUGCAACCAGAUAUCAGUUAAAUACAGAACUUUCAUUUCUCUCUCUACAUCCCCCAACAGCAGGGACUGGCUCCACUUCAUUACACUCUGAGAGGAGGGAAUGUUACAGGACUUGGUAAGGCGCACACUGUGCUGGAAGUCAUUUGGCUUUCUGUCUUCUGAUAAUAAAGAGAAAUGAAAUCUGA